AUGGCGGUCUUUAUCACGUAAAUUGCUUUGCUCUGCGAAAUCGGAGGCAAUCUACUGAACUCAGUUUGCAUCAAGUCAUUUUCUCUGUCUAAUCGACAUCUGGGUUGUUUUUCAAUAAGAAAACACCAUGUAUGACCAAGAUGAGGAAAUGUUUGAUGAAGAUGAUGGGGACGACAUCACUUCAGACUUGUGGCAGGAAGCUGCUUGGAUCGUCAUCAGUUCCUACUUUGAUGAGAAGGGCUUGGUGAGGCAGCAACUGGACUCCUUUGACGAGUUCAUUCAAAUGUCUGUCCAGAGAAUUGUGGAGGAUUCCCCACAGAUAGACCUCCAGGCAGAGGCACAGCAUACUUCUGGGGUUGUGGAGACACCACCUCGCUAUUUGCUGAAAUUUGAACAGAUCUACCUGUCCAAGCCUACCCACUGGGAGAAAGAUGGCGCCCCCAGCCCCAUGAUGCCCAACGAGGCUAGGCUGAGAAAUCUGACGUACUCUGCCCCACUGUAUGUUGAUAUUACCAAAACUGUGGUGAAGGAGGGAGAGGACCCCAUAGAAACUCAACAUCAAAAGACUUUCAUUGGCAAGAUCCCCAUCAUGUUAAGAUCCACCUACUGUCUGUUGAAUGGACUCACUGACAGAGAUCUAACGGAGUUAAACGAGUGCCCUUUGGAUCCUGGGGGUUAUUUUAUCAUCAACGGCUCAGAAAAGGUGCUCAUAGCCCAGGAGAAAAUGGCCACGAAUACUGUGUAUGUGUUCCAGCAGAAGGACUCCAAGUAUGCCUAUAAAACAGAGAUCCGUUCCUGUCUUGAACAUUCCUCCAGACCUACCAGUACAUUGUGGGUGAACAUGCUGGCCAGAGGGGGACAGGGUGCCCGCAAAAGUGCAAUUGGCCAAAGGAUCAUUGCCAUCCUCCCCUAUAUCAGGCAGGAGAUCCCCAUUAUAAUAGUGUUCCGAGCCCUGGGAUUUGUGUCAGACAGAGACAUCCUAGAACACAUCAUCUAUGACUUUGAUGACCCAGAGAUGAUGGAGAUGGUCAAGCCGUCCCUGGAUGAGGCAUUUGUGAUCCAGGAGCAGAAUGUAGCUCUCAAUUUCAUAGGAGCUAGAGGAGCCAGGCCUGGGGUAACUAAAGAAAAGAGAAUCAAAUAUGCCCGGGAGAUUCUGCAGAAGGAAAUGCUGCCUCAUGUUGGUGUUAGUGACUUCUGUGAGACCAAAAAGGCCUAUUUUCUGGGAUACAUGGUUCACCGUUUGCUUCUUGCUGCCAUUGGUCGUAGAGAGGUGGAUGACAGAGAUCACUAUGGCAACAAGAGAUUGGAUUUGGCAGGACCCUUGCUUGCAUUUUUGUUCAGAGGGUUGUUCCGCAAUCUAAUGAAGGAAGUAAGGAUGUAUGCCCAGAAGUUCAUUGACCGUGGCAAGGAUUUCAACCUGGAGCUGGCCAUUAAGACAAGGAUCAUCACGGACGGCCUCAAGUACUCCCUGGCUACUGGGAACUGGGGGGACCAGAAGAAGGCCCACCAGGCCAGGGCUGGGGUGUCACAGGUGUUGAACAGGCUGACCUUUGCCUCCACCCUGUCUCACUUGAGAAGACUGAACUCUCCUAUAGGGAGAGACGGGAAGUUGGCCAGACCUCGCCAGCUCCACAACUCUCACUGGGGAAUGAUCUGCCCUGCUGAGACACCAGAGAUACUGUGA